UUACCACCACAAGCUACAAAGAAGACCAAAGUUAGAGGGAGAGAGAGAGAUAGAGAGGGAGAGAGAGAGAUGGAAGCUUACAGCAGCAUCAAUUCAUGGGGUUCAUGGGCUCUUCUUGGCCUUUAUCUUCUCUUCACUCUAUCAGCAUCCUCGUUCGUUGUGGAAGCUGAAGAUCACUACCAUGACUUCGUUAUUCAAGCAAAACCAGUGAAGAGGCUGUGCAAAACGCACAAUAUAAUCACAGUCAAUGGUCAAUUUCCUGGGCCCACCUUGGAAGCUAGGAAUGGAGACACUCUCGUCAUCAAUGUUGUGAAUAGGGCGAACUACAACAUAACCAUUCAUUGGCAUGGUAUUCGGCAGAUGAGAACCGCAUGGGCUGAUGGUCCAGAAUUCGUGACCCAGUGUCCAAUCCGACCCGGUGGGAGCUACACCUACAGAUUCACCGUUGAAGGGCAAGAAGGGACACUUUGGUGGCAUGCACAUAGUUCAUGGCUGAGGGCCACCGUUUAUGGGGCCCUGAUCAUCUAUCCAAAACAGAACACAUCCUAUCCGUUCACGCAGCCAAAGCGAGAAGCACCGAUCAUCCUAGGAGAAUGGUGGGAUGCAAAUCCAAUAGAUGUGGUGAAUGAGGCGACGAGGACAGGAGCGGCUCCAAACAUAUCUGAUGCUUACACGAUCAACGGUCAACCUGGGGACCUUUACAACUGCUCCAGCUCAGAAACUGUAAUAAUCCCAGUCGACUCCGGCGAGACGAAUCUCAUCCGUGUGAUCAACGCAGCCUUAAACAACGAACUCUUCUUCUCUAUAGCAGGCCACCCAAUGACAGUGGUUGGUGCUGAUGCUGCCUACUUAAAACCAUUCACUACAUCAGUGAUUAUGCUGGGCCCAGGCCAGACCACAGACGUCCUGAUCACAGCCAAUCAGCCACCAGGCCGCUAUUACAUUGCUUCACGGGCCUACUUCAGUGCUCAACCUGCUCCAUUUGAUAACACCACAACCACUGCCAUUCUCGAAUACAAGUCCGCACCAUGCCCAGCUAAGAAGCCCACAACACCCACCUUUCCGUCCCUACCCGCAUUCAACGACACAGGUGCAGCUACUGCAUUCACAACCUCACUACGUAGCCUGUCAGCUGUCGACAUCCCGAAAAACAUCGACGUUGACCUGUUCUUUACAGUGGGCCUAGGACUCUUUGAUUGCCCAUCUGGGCAAACAUGUGGGGGCCCAAAUGGAAAGCGGUUCACCGCUAGCAUGAACAAUAUAUCAUUUGUGCUUCCAAGGAACUACUCUAUACUGCAGGCCCACCAUCACGGCGUUAACAGUGUAUUCACCACAGACUUUCCGGCAGCGCCGCCAGUGCAAUUCGAUUACACGGCAAAUAACGUGAGUCAGGCGCUUUGGCAACCUGUACCAGGAACCAAGCUGUUCAAGUUGAAGUAUGGAUCGGCGGUGCAGAUCGUGUUGCAGGACACGAGCAUCGUGACACCUGAGAACCAUCCUAUUCAUAUUCAUGGCUAUGAUUUCUACAUCAUUGCUGAGGGUAGUGGGAAUUUUAAUAGGCAGAGGGAUACAGCGAAAUUCAACCUCGUCGAUCCACCUAUGAGGAACACCGUCGCCGUUCCGGUUAAUGGAUGGGCCGUCAUCCGGUUCAUCGCUGAUAAUCCAGGAAUUUGGCUGAUGCAUUGCCACUUGGACGUUCAUAUUACUUGGGGUCUGGCCAUGGCAUUCUUGGUUGAGAAUGGUGUUGGUGAAUUGCAAGCUCUAGAGCCACCUCCCGAAGAUUUGCCAUUGUGUUAGAAAAAUCACAAAGGUCCCUAUUCGCCAUUUUCGUCAUUCGUUGGGUGGGCCCGAUUCGAUGCGUGGAUUCUCGUUCGUUAUAUGGGCCUGAUUCAAUGAGUGGAAUCUUGUACGCUCAUUGCGUGUAUUUCAUGAGUUUUUAUUAUAAUUGUCAUUAUAUGAUUAUAGGUUUUUUAAUAUUUGUUUUUGGUGUAUAAGAAUUCAAAUGGGGUCAAACCCAAGAAGACAAGG